GUGUUACAUUGAAUAUCCUCCACCACAAAAUCUAUGAAAAAACGAAAAUAAUUCCCCCACAUCUUCCCUCUCUUUCCAGCAAGAAUAAUCGAGAACCGCCACUGAACUCUGUUACUUCAUCCUUAAACCCAAUUCGAUUUUCUCUCUCCUCCAACAUUUUGUGAUCUGGGCCCACUUUAUACUACUUGUUCAUGAACAUUCUAGACUUUUUAACUACGCAUGAAUAUUCUUUGAUUUUGAUUUGAGGCCGUCUUUCACCACGUGGUUAUCUCGUUCUUUCUUCUAGUGAUGAGUUUCAAGUUGCCUGAUCAAAUCCCCUGGUUGACAAUCCAGAGGAAUAAGGUCAUGGAGCAAAGAUUAGAGUCUCCACUUAUAGCUACGGAAUCCCCUAAAAAUUGGCCUUCGUUGGACUUUAAGUUCUUCGGAUGGUCACUUAUCUCGAUCAUUCCUUGGGCUUUCAGUCGUAAAGAAAAGUUUCAGAUGCCAACCACUAUAAAUAAAAAACUGACAAGACGAGCAAGAUCUCAAGCUAGUGACGUGUCAGCUAUUCAGUCCCCUCGAGUACGGUUCAGGCCUUAUGUGUCUAAGGUUCCUUGGCAUACCGGAGCGCGGGCUUUCAUGUCCCAGUUCUUUCCAAGAUAUGGUCAUUAUUGUGGACCAAAUUGGUCAAGUGGGAAGGACGGGGGCUCCCUUGUUUGGGACAAGCGCCCUAUAGAUUGGUUGGAUUAUUGCUGCUAUUGUCAUGAUAUGGGUUAUGAUACUCAUGACCAAUCAAAGCUGCUGGAGGCUGAUCUAGCUUUUCUCGAGUGUAUAGAGAAGACUCAUAUGCAAACCAAGGGGGAUAAGCAUGUUGCUUAUAUGUAUAAGACAAUGUGUGUUCAAGGUCUUAGGAAUAUACUUAUACCUUACAGAACGUAUCUUGUGAAGCUUGGAUCAGGACAGCCUGUGCUUCAAUUUGGAUGGCUGAGCAACAUGAGGUGGAAAGGAUGGAGUUGGCGGGCCGAUAUGAAGAUAGGAUGAUCACAACAUCCAAUUAAGUAUUAUAGUUUGUUGGUAAUUGUUGUGCAUCCAUCACAGUCUGUACAUGCUAAAGAGUUGCUCUUUUUUUGUCUGUUAAACUGUUACUGUUCUGGUGUGUAGAUUAUGGUAGCUUUCUGCUGCAUUGCUGGCUAAUCUACUAGUAAUGCAUUACACCAUGCUGUAAAUACACUAGCAAAGUAUUCAAUUACUCUUAAGUAGGAUUUUCAUGUUCAUUAGUAGAUCUUUUGUAUAUGUAACUACACUAUUGCCUUUUUCGGUUGCUUCACUUGGCUUGUUUAACAAUCCGCUGAUUGUAACAGCUAUUUACAGAGGUAUUUGGUAAAAGUCAGCUGUUCGUUGUUUA